GCUCGCCGUCUUUUGGGAAUAGCUUUACGAUACGUUGACCGUCAUUUUACGACACGCUGGGGUUGCUUUGUGGCUGUCAACUUUCCCCGAGGUCCGAGUUGGUGGCUACCUUGUGUGUGGUAGCAGAUACUACGGCCGCGGAGAAAUGAAGCAGAAGCGGAAAGGAGAUCUCAGCCCUGCUGAGCUGAUGAUGCUGACUAUAGGAGAUGUUAUUAAACAACUAAUUGAAGCCCACGAACAGGGGAAAGACAUUGAUCUGAAUAAGGUAAAAACCAGGACAGCUGCCAAAUACGGCCUUUCAGCACAGCCCCGCCUGGUGGAUAUCAUCGCUGCGGUCCCACCUCAGUAUCGAAAGGUCUUAGUCCCCAAAUUAAAGGCAAAACCCAUCAGAACUGCCAGUGGGAUUGCUGUUGUGGCUGUGAUGUGCAAACCCCACAGAUGCCCACACAUCAGUUUUACAGGAAAUAUAUGCGUAUACUGCCCUGGUGGACCUGAUUCAGAUUUUGAAUAUUCAACCCAGUCUUAUACUGGAUAUGAGCCAACCUCCAUGCGAGCUAUCCGUGCUAGAUAUGACCCUUAUCUACAGACAAGACACCGAAUAGAACAGUUAAAACAACUUGGUCACAGUGUGGAUAAAGUGGAGUUUAUUGUGAUGGGUGGAACAUUUAUGGCCCUUCCAGAAGAAUACCGAGAUUAUUUUAUUCGAAAUUUACAUGAUGCCUUAUCAGGACAUACCUCCAACAAUAUUUACGAGGCAGUCAAGUAUUCUGAGAGAAGCCUCACAAAGUGUAUCGGAAUUACUAUUGAGACCAGACCAGAUUAUUGUAUGAAGCGGCAUUUAAGUGACAUGUUGACCUAUGGCUGCACAAGGCUGGAGAUUGGGGUGCAGAGCGUCUACGAAGAUGUGGCCAGAGAUACCAACAGGGGCCACACUGUGAAGGCAGUAUGUGAGUCAUUUCACCUGGCCAAGGAUUCUGGGUUCAAAGUCGUGGCUCAUAUGAUGCCUGAUCUGCCAAAUGUGGGACUAGAGAGAGACAUUGAACAGUUUACAGAAUUUUUUGAGAACCCUGCUUUUCGUCCUGAUGGUUUGAAACUCUACCCUACUCUGGUGAUUCGUGGAACUGGGCUUUAUGAGCUGUGGAAGUCAGGAAGAUAUAAGAGUUACUCUCCUAGCGACCUGAUUGAAUUGGUGGCUCGGAUCCUUGCUCUUGUGCCUCCGUGGACUCGAGUGUACCGAGUGCAGAGAGAUAUUCCAAUGCCCUUAGUCAGUUCAGGAGUAGAGCAUGGUAAUUUGAGAGAGCUGGCAUUUGCAAGAAUGAAGGACCUUGGAAUACAGUGUCGAGAUGUAAGAACCAGAGAGGUUGGAAUCCAGGAAAUUCAUCACAAAGUACGGCCAUACCAGAUUGAAUUGGUAAGGAGAGAUUAUGUUGCAAAUGGUGGUUGGGAAACAUUCUUAUCAUAUGAAGACCCAGAUCAAGACAUAUUGAUUGGCCUCCUGCGAUUACGAAAGUGUUCAGAGGAAACCUUCCGUUUUGAACUGGUUGGAGGUGUUUCCAUAGUUCGAGAGCUGCAUGUGUAUGGAAGUGUAGUCCCUGUGAGCAGUCGAGAUCCUACUAAAUUUCAGCAUCAGGGAUUUGGCAUGCUGCUGAUGGAGGAGGCAGAAAGAAUAGCUAGAGAAGAACACGGAUCUGGGAAAAUAGCUGUGAUAUCAGGCGUCGGCACUAGGAAUUAUUACAGAAAGAUUGGCUACAGAUUACAAGGGCCAUACAUGGUAAAGACACUAAAGUGAUGGCCACACCAGCCCACCUUGAUGCAGUAUCCUCCCUGGCAGAAAAUAAAAAUUCAAGAUAUUUUGAAUACUCGGGAGAGAGGCUGAGCUAAACAAAUGGACCCACCCUGGCUCCCUGGCAAGGAGCUUCACCCUCAUCCUACAGCUGUGGAGACUGGAAACUACUUUCGGGGCCAGGCCGGACGUCUGCUGACCAAGCCCACCAAGCUUCUGAUGCUCAGAGCUCCCACUCGCCCUCUCCUGCGUGUUCUCAAGUCACGUGUCCAGUUUCUAUAAGUCUGCAUGAAGCCUGCAAUUGACCUACUUUGACUCACGGACAGUGACGAAAGCAAAUUAACUCAUUUG